AUGGCCGUCAACUAUACCGCCGUCGCGUGGACGCCGGUAGUCAUGCUGGGCAUUGCAAUCGUCCUUGGCGUUUAUGUUCUGGCCCGUCUCGUACUCGAUCUGUCCAUCCGACGCGGCUUGGUCACCUCGAAGAAGCAUCAAGAUGAUAUCGAAAGCGACGCUCCUUCCCACAGCAGAUUUAGAAUAACAGCAACCCGGUCCGUUGCGCUGGCCGGAGUUAUCUGCUCGCUGCUCAGCAAUAUCCUCGAGCUGGUCAUUCUGUUUGACUACGUUGAUUAUUACGACCUGUCACAUUUGAAACGGUACACUGCGCUCAACUUCUUUACCAUUGCCGGCGGGCUUUGUCUUUUCGUCACGGCUAUUCUCACCACGAAGGCCCUCGCAUCCCCAUCGAAGGGGCACUCGAUCUCCCGGAUUGUGUACACGAUUUUGCUUGUCUUGAUCGCUCUUUUCGCGCUGAUCGUUUUCAUCCUUCAGACCGUUAUUAAUUCGAUCAGAAAAUAUGGCUCUCGAGGAACAAACUACUCCAGACUCGCUAGGGCUACCCCCAUUAUCGGCCAUACCUACUUCGGUUUGCUCGGUCUCACGACUCUUGUUAUUAGUAUUGGCUUGAUCAGACGAUGGACCCAGAUCCGUGGCGUUGAGGUUCCCACGGCCGAACGAUCUGCUCUCAAGAUGUUCACAAUUGCUGCCGUGCCCGUUCUGACAGCGAUUAUUGUCCUCGGCAUCGUCUACAGAGCCAUCUUCAUCGGCGGGUCGUACUCGUACUACUACUUCUUGAACGCCCUUCAUGGGUAUCUCGCUUACCACUUCAUCUCAUUGAUUUUCAAUCUCUGGGGCAACAUUUUGGUAUUUGAGUUUGCGCGCAAGGCCAUGAAGAAGCUCUCUAUGAUCUGA